CUAUAAAUUCAUGCCAUUUCCUCUCUGCCUGUCUCCAAAGCUGGCAUCUAGGUCAAAGUAGAAGCAAGAAACCAUAACCUUUAGUGAGAAGGAACUGGAAGACAAUCCCUUCUGCUUUCUGUUCAUAAAUGAGGAAGCCACAGUUGAGACAUAGUGACUAGUUGUCCACCAAAGCCCCAUCACCCAAAGUUCUCUUAGUGAUAUGUGAAGGAACUGUGUGUGCACUGUGAUAUAAUUGUAUUUACAGGUUUAUUACUUAUUUCUACAGGGAAACUUUUCAUUCAUGGCUCAGGACCUACUCAUGGAUCAUGCCAACGGAGUACUUUCUGGUAUACUUUUGAAAAUUAAAGAUGACUCUCAGUAAAACAUACUGUUUUACUGCCUGGCCUGCUAGUGUGGACCUGAGCCUAAGGACUCUAAAAAGGGCAGCCAAUGAGGAUGACGAGCACCCGCUGCAAGCUGGCUCACUAUCUGGAAGACCUGGAGGAUGCAGACCUUAAGAAAUUCAAAAUGCAUUUAGAAGAUUACCCUGUAGAGAAGGGCUGCAUUGCACUCCCUAGGGGCCAGACAGAGAAGGCAGACCAUGUGGAUCUGGCCACACUCAUGAUCGACUUCAAUGGGGAAGAGAAAGCCUGGGCCAUGGCCGUGAGGAUUUUUGCUGAAAUCAACAGGAGAGACCUCCACGAGAAAGCUAAGCAAGAUCAACUAGAGUGGGAUAAUACACAUGCUUCCAGUCUCAAUGUGGUGUGCCAGGAAGACAGCAUUGAAGAGGAGUGGAUGGGUUUAUUGGGGUUCCUUUCCAGAAUCUCAGCUUGCAAGAAAAAGAAAGAUUACUGUAAGAAGUACAGAAAACACGUGAGAAGCAGAUUCCACUGUAUUGAAGAUAGGAAUGCACGUCUAGGUGAGAGCGUGAAUCUCAAUAAACGGUACACACGGCUGCAGCUGGUCAAGGAGCAUCCGAGCCAGCAGGAGAGGGAGCAUGAGCUGCUGGCCAUAGGCAGGAACAAGACAUGGGACAGCGCCAUGAGUCCCAUUAAGCUGGAGUCACUGUUUGAUCCUGAUGACGAACACUCUGAGCCUGUUCAUACUGUGGUGUUUCAGGGAGCAGCUGGCAUUGGGAAGACAAUAUUGGCCAGGAAGAUUAUGCUGGACUGGGCAUCAGGGAACCUCUUCCAAGAUAAGUUUGAUUAUUUAUUCUAUAUCCACUGUCGUGAGGUGAGCCUUGUGAUGUCAAGGAGCCUGGGGGACCUGAUGGUCAGCUGUUGCCCUGACCCAAACCCACCCAUGCACAAGAUUGUGCAGAAGCCCUCCAGGAUCCUCUUCCUCAUGGAUGGUUUUGAUGAGCUGCAAGGUGCUUUUGAUGAGCACAUAGGAGCACUCUGCACAGACUGGCAGAAGGCUGAGAGGGGAGACAUUCUCCUGAGCAGCCUCAUCAGAAAGAAGCUGCUGCCUGAGGCCUCUCUGCUCAUCACUACCAGACCAGUGGCCCUGGAGAAGCUGCAGCACCUGCUGGACCACCCUCGUCACAUAGAGAUCCUGGGUUUCUCUGAAGCCAAAAGGAAGGAGUACUUUUUCAAGUAUUUCUCAGAUGAGGUACAGGCCGGUGAAGCCUUUAGGCUGAUCCAGGAGAAUGAAGUCCUCUUCACCAUGUGCUUCAUCCCCUUGGUUUGCUGGAUUGUGUGUACAGGGAUGAAGCAGCAGAUGCAGAGUGGCAAGGGCCUUGCUCAGACCUCUAAGACCACCACCGCCGUCUAUGUCUUUUUCCUGUCCAGUCUCUUGCAGUCCCGAGGAAUGGGCCAAGAAUCCCACCUCCAUGCCAAUCUCCGGGGGCUCUGCUCCUUGGCUGCUGAUGGAAUCUGGAACCAGAAAAUCUUAUUUGAGGAAUGUGACCUCAGGAAUCAUGGUCUGCAGAAGGUAGAUGUGUCCGCUUUCUUGAGGAUGAACGUGUUCCAGAAGGAGGUAGACUGUGAGCAAUUCUACAGCUUCAUCCACAUGACUUUCCAGGAGUUCUUUGCUGCUAUGUACUAUUUGCUGGAAGAGGAGGAAGACGAGGUGAUGACAAGUAGCAGGUCCAGGAGUGGCUCAGAGCUUCCGGAUCGAGAUGUGGCGGUGCUCCUGGAGAACUAUGGUAAAUUCGAAAAGGGAUAUCUGAUCUUUGUGGUCCGCUUCCUCUUUGGCCUUGUAAAUCAGGAGAGGGCCUCUUACUUGGAGAAGAAAUUAAGUUGUAAGAUUUCUCAGCAAAUCAGACUGGAGCUGCUGAAAUGGAUCGAAGAAAAAGCCAAGGCAAAGAAGCUGCAGAUACAGCCCAGCCAGCUGGAGCUGUUUUACUGCCUCUAUGAGAUGCAGGAGGAGGACUUUGUGAGAAGGGCUAUGGACCACUUCCCCAAAAUUGAGGUCAAUCUCUCCACCAGAAUGGACCACAUGGUUUCUUCAUUUUGCAUUGAGAACUGUCGCAGAGUCGAAACACUUUCCCUGGGCUUUCUCCGUAACUCCCCCAAGGAAGAAGAAGAGGAGGAGGAAGACAGGUCACACCUGGGCACAGACCACUGUGUUCUCUCAGGUCCUCAUGCUGCCUGCUCUCACAUAUUAGUGAACUGCUUUCUAACAUCCAGCUUUUGUCGGGGCCUCUUCUCUGUUCUAAGCACCAACACGAAUCUCACUGAGCUAGACCUCAGUGACAAUGUGCUGGGGGACCCAUGGAUGAAGGUGUUGUGUGAAACUCUCCGGAAUCCUGGCUGUAACAUUCGGAGGCUGUGGUUGGGGCGCUGUGGCCUUUCCCAUCAGUGCUGUUUUGACAUCUCCUCAGUCCUGAGCAGCAACCAGAAGCUGAUAGAAUUGGACCUGAGUAACAACUCCCUGGGAGACUUUGGAAUCACACUCCUGUGUGUGGGGCUGAAUCAUCUACUAUGCAAUCUGAAGAAACUCUGGUUGGUCAGCUGCUGCCUCACAUCAGCUUGUUGCCAGGAUCUUGCAUCAGUCCUCAGCACCAAUCAUUCCCUGACCAGACUCUAUGUUGGAGAAAAUGCCUUGGGAGAUUCAGGAGUUGGAAUUUUAUGUGAAAAGGUGAAGCAUCCACAAUGUAACUUGCAGAAACUGGGGUUGGUGAAUUCUGGCCUUACAUCAAUUUGUUGUUCAGCUCUAUCUUCUGCACUCCAAACUAACCACAACCUGACACACCUUUACCUUCGAGGCAAUGCUCUUGGAGACAGAGGGCUCAAGCUACUGUGUGAAGGGCUCUUGCACCCUGAUUGCCAACUUCAGAUGUUGGAACUAGACAACUGCAGCCUCACUUCACACAGCUGCUGGGGUCUUUCUACAAUUCUGACCUCCAAUAAGAGCCUCCGAAAGCUGAGCCUAGGCAACAAUGACCUUGGCGAUCUGGGGAUCAUGAUGCUCUGUGAGGUCCUGAAACAGCAGGGCUGCCUCCUGAAAAACCUUCAGUUGUGUGAAAUGUAUUUCAAUUAUGAGACAAAACGUGCCUUAGAAGCACUUCAGGAAGAAAAACCGGAGUUGACCAUUGUUUUUGAGCCUUCUUGGUAGGGAUGGAUGGAGAUAGGACUGCCAGUUGCUGGUGUGUCUUGAACCCUACACUGAGGUGGGGUGAACCCCCUCUAAUUUUGAGCAAUACCAUAGCUCUGUGGUUCUCUUGGCCCAGGGUCACAACACAAAGGCUUACUGACGGUGCCUUACAUGGGGACUUAAGGACUGCCUUGACCCCUGGAUGAAGAUACCAGGGAUGGAAAAUCACCUUGCAGAUGGAAGGUUCUCAUUCUUGGUGACCUCAUGUAACUAACUUUUUCAACAAAAUACCUUUUCCAAUCUUUUCUCUUUGUACUCUCUUUUUCCUGUCUUUUCUCCUUUCUUUGCUUACAUCACUCAUUUUACUCUUCUUGUUGUCUAUUAACUGACCGUAAUACAGAGCUAGAUGACUGUAUGUUAUAUGGCAAUUGUGUGGCAGCUACUUAUUUAUUUUUUAAUUUUUGUAACAAUUAUAUUUUAUAAUCAAAAUCAUGCUUACUUUAGCUACUUAAGAUUUGA